ACCAGCUGCGUGGAAUGUCCUCGAGCGCCAAGCGGCUGGUGCAGUCGCUACGUGGCCGCAGCAGCAGCAGCUCGGGUUGCGGAGGUGGCGGUAGGAGCGGCUCGGCGCGAUCGGACUCCCGGACGAGCGAGGGCUGCGGCGGCGCGGUGGCCAGCACGAGCGCGACCCGGCUCUUCCACUGCGACAGCGGCCACGAGCUCGACGAGAUAUCGGUGAUCGCCCGCGGCUCCGAGGAUCUCGCCGUGACACCGACUACGCCCUACCACUGCAGCGCCUCGGGUGGCCCGAGCGCUGGCAGCAGUGCCGCGGCCAUCAGGUAUGGCAGCGGACAGACCUUGUACAGCAUCGCGGGCUCGGUACCGCCCGCGCCAACUGUACCCUGCCGGGUCGCCACGAGUGGCAUCGUGACAUCUGGAGUGGGCAUCGUGGGCGGUGGUGAUCCACGGUAUCGGGCGACGCACGUGCGAGGCGAUGAAGACGCCAAGAGCAUGGAAAAUGUUUCAUCGAGGAGCGCGAUGCCGUCGAAGCCCAACCUCUUCGAUUACGUGAGCAACAAGCUCUCGGGUCGGCACACGCCCACUCAUCAUUACUUUCACCAUCAGCAGCAGCGCUACUUCAGCUCGUCUCGGGACUCACUGCAGGGUGGCUACGUGAACCGCGGUGCGAGCGAGCUCGACCUGAGUCACAAGUCCCGGCGCAAGGACCACCCGAGGGGCCGCUUCAAGUUAAAUGCCGUGACGCCCGGCAGAGCCGGCACGCCUUCCCACCUCCACACCCCGGCGUCCAUCAACCAUCUCAGCAGCAGUGGCGUCUGCAAUGGCACCGAAACUGCUGUUGAACACUUCAGGCGCUACACGGUGCAGCAACAGCAGCAGCAGCGGGGCAGCCGGGGCUACCCGGGCCAGUCGGGCUCGAGGGGCUUCAAGACCGGAGCACCCAACUGGUCGUUCGUCUUCGACCCCGCGGGCCGGCUCUGUUACUACUGGUCGAUGGUCGUCUCGCUGGCCUUCCUCUACAACUUCUGGGUCAUUAUCUACAGGUUCGCCUUCCAGGAGAUCAAUGGGGAGACGAUAGUGGUGUGGUUUUGCCUCGACUACCUGUCGGAUUUCCUCUACCUGAUAGACAUAGUGUUUCACUUUCGCACGGGUUACCUCGAGGACGGCGUCCUGCAGACCGACGCCACGAAACUGCGCACCCACUACAUGAACAGCACGACUUUUUACAUAGACUGCCUGUGCCUCCUGCCCCUCGACUGUUUGUACUUAUCUAUAGGAUUUAACAGUAUACUCCGAAGUUUUAGGCUCGUUAAAAUAUACCGGUUUUGGGCGUUCAUGGAUCGGACCGAGCGACACACGAAUUACCCGAAUUUGUUUCGCUCGGGCUCGCUGAUUCAUUACUUGCUGGUGAUAUUUCACUGGAACGGGUGCCUCUAUCACAUUAUUUCUAAGAACAACGGUUUCGGGAGCAAGAACUGGGUCUUUGACGAUUCCGAGACGGCGGACGUCGUCAAGCAAUACCUGCAGAGUUACUACUGGUGCACCUUGGCUCUCACGACCAUCGGGGAUCUGCCAAGGCCGAGGAGUAAGGGCGAGUACGUGUACGUGAUAGUGCAGCUGCUCUUCGGGCUGUUGCUGUUCGCUACGGUGCUCGGUCACGUGGCCAACAUCGUCACUUCGGUCAGCGCGGCCAGGAAGGAGUUUCAGGCCAAAUUGGACGGCGUCAAGACUUACAUGAGGAUGAGGAGGGUGCCGAAUCAUUUGCAGGUCAAGGUCAUCAAGUGGUUCGAUUACCUCUGGCUGACGCAAAAGUGCUCGGACGAGGAGAAGGCUGUUAGCUGUUUGCCAGACAAGUUGAAGGCGGAAAUAGCGAUAAACGUGCACCUCGACACGCUCAAGAGGGUCGAGAUUUUUCAAAACACGGAGGCCGGCUUUCUAUGCGAGCUCGUGCUGAGGCUGCGCCCGGUACUCUUCUCACCUGGGGACUACAUAUGCCGGAAAGGUGAGGUCGGCAAGGAGAUGUACAUAGUGAAUCGUGGUAGACUACAGGUGGUGGCGGACAACGGGAAAACGGUGCUGGCCACCUUAAAGGCCGGCUCGUACUUCGGCGAGAUCAGCAUUCUCAAUAUGGGGACCGCAGGUAAAGAGUGCGCGGCAAUGGGCAGAUGUCAGAGCACACCAGGUUUGGUGGAAUCCAGGGACCGUGUGCCCCUGGAGGAGAUGGUCGUAUCGUCGUUGGAUGCACGCCCGACGACGCGAUCCCUCUUCUCGCCGAGCCCGAGUCCCCGAGGUCCACUGCGGCCCAUCACACCGGCCACCCUCCAGACCAGCGGCACGAGAAUGAUGACGAUGACGACGUCGCUGUCAACAAGCCCCGCCGCGACUCAACAACAGGACGACCACCAGCACAGGCCCAGCCAAUCCAGCCCCGCGAGUGGGACCAGCAGCCGAAGGAGCAGCGAGGAUGCGACCACCAGAGCAGCGGCUCACUUGGCUGCCGGGACCGGACAGUUUUCUACAGGACGACAGUCCACGCACUCGGGAGUGUCUUGCAACAGCAUGACGCAACUGGUGAGCGAGGGAACGACGCCACUGUACGGUCACGAGCCCCUGCUGGCUGAGAUAAAAUACCUGAGGAAUAGACUGGUGUGCCUCGAGUCGGAGAACGCGACGAUGAGCGAGAUGCUGAGCAAAAAACAGUCGGAGGUGGAGUCGAGGCUGGCCGAGAUCGAGAUGCAGAUAUGCGGGGGCAGCUCGACCUCGAGCAUCGAGGACGUCGAGCGCAACAGGGAGAGCAUCAUUUAACGAGAGACCGGGCCGCGUGCUGAGCGCGGCAACUCGCGGCUCGAGCGGAUACGCCGAUAUCUGCAGGAGCACGGGCAAGAGGAGCAGCAGCAACAACAAAAACACCAGCAGCCAGUGGGUCUGGAUGUGACUAGCGACACCAAGUCGAUCGGGA